AUGCCUGGAUCUGUGAACACUGCAGAUGAAUAUGAGUUUAUCAACUAUGAGGAGGUGGCACUGAGUCCCGAAGACGUGGCUAAGGUCCGCGACUGGCUCCAGCCCACGGACUACCUUGCGGACUCAGGUGAGUUCCGCCGCCACCUGCUAUCGCAGGCUCCUGGUACAGGGCUUUGGAUUUGCGAGACGGAUGCGUACCGUAAAUGGCACGAUUCACCAGACCAUGGCAGUCUAUGGAUCAACGGCGUGCCAGGCGCGGGCAAGUCAGUCACGGCGUCAUCCAUCAUCCAACACUUGAAAACAACCGAAGACUGCCCCGUUCUCUUCUUCUUCUUCCGAAACAUUGUCGCGGCCAACUUCUCCCCGCGGGGUCUAUUGCAGGACUGGCUGGCCCAGCUUCUGCCUUACUCCCCCCGACUCCAGGUGGCCCUUUGGGCUCGUGUCGACACCAGCCUGGAAGACAUAUCUGACAGCAACCUUAUGGAGCUCUUCACCGAUGGGAUAUCAUGUGUCCCAAGGCUCUACUGCGUUGUAGAUGCGCUCGAUGAGAUGACGGCCGACAAUAGGGCAUUUCUUGAGAAUUUGAACAGACUUGCCACAUACCGCCCUCGAUCUCUGAAGCUUCUCAUGACCAGCAGGCCAAAGCAGUAUCUACAGAGCGCGCUGCGAGACUCUUCAAUUGUUCACGUCAGCCUCCAGAAGAAACUUGUUGAUCGCGACAUUCUUCUAUAUUUAAAUCACAGAUUUGACGGCGUGCUCGGCGGACAGCACCUCGAGAGGGGCAAGAUCAUUGACAUGGUCGCCUCACGGUCUGAAGGGUUAUUCCUGUACGCCAAGCUUGCCAUGGAUCAGGUAGAGGCUGCAUUAACUUCAUCACACGCUAUUGGCGUUGAAGAACUCGAAAAGACGCUUCCCGCUGGGUUGGAAGAUACAUAUGACAAGAUGUUGAGCAAGCAGCGUGAGGAGCAUGGCGUCAGUAUCGGGACGCAGGUUCUUGUCCUACAAGCAGUGACCCAUUCAUCUCGCCCGCUGCGUCUGAAUGAGCUAGCCAGCCUCAUUGAGUGCAUAGCUCCAGAUUCCGCACCACCAAAAGGAUACAAAGCUCUCGUCGCCAAGAGCUGCGGGCCGCUGGUAGAGAUCUUGGAAGACGAGACUCUGCAGGUUGUCCAUCAUUCCUUCACUGAAUUCUUGCGUGGUGACACCCGGAAUGCUUCCGUAGGUGAACUGUCUACACGGUUCCCGAUCAUUGAUUCCCUCACUGCCCACAAGACAAUGGCUAUGAACUGUCUUCGAUACCUCCAGUCAGGCUCGCUCGGGAACGAAGACGAGUCAGGCGUGGCCAUCACCUACCGAAAGCCGGCAAUUCCAUAUGCCCCGGGUGAGCGCGAUCUAGCUCGAUUUCCCUUUGACCGAAUAACAGAUGAAGAUCCGUUCAAGUAUCAAGAAGCGCGACUACUCUAUCCGUUCCUCCAAUACGCUGUCACGAACUGGAACCGUCAUGCUAGCAGCUACGAUGAGGAUGACGAGGAAUUCUUCGCCGCGAUUUUGGACUUUAUCAAACCUCAAAGUCUGGCUUUCAGGAGAUGGCUCAGGCUUCAAUGGGGAGCCACCUCCAGGAGCCAAGAUAGUUCAGAUGGUUUGCCGACAGCGCUCCACCUUGCAGCAUACUCUGGCCUGUCUAAAUUCUCUCUGAAGAUCAUCGAGGACGGUGCCUCGGUGUUAAACCUGGAUGCGCACAAUCGCACCCCUCUAUACUGGGCAGCUGCCAACGGCCACCAAGGCGUCGUCUCACUGCUCAUCAAGAGAGGAUGUGACCCCAACGCCGAAGACGCAUACGGUUUGAAGCCAAUCCACACUGCUGCACGGAGGAAUCACGCUGCGGUAGUGACAGUCCUGCUUGAGUCCGGCGUCGAACCCGAUACAAUCAAGACCAAGGAGAGCCACAGAGGACCCAUGAUGGGCGGCCAGUCCAUCACGCAGGGGGAGUGCGCCAUACUUUACGCGACCAAAGGUGGCUACGUCGAGACGAUCAUUGCCAUGAUUCCAUUCUGCAAGGGGAAGGUUCUGGAACGGCUUCUAUGCGACUCGUGUCACCACGGCCUCAUAGAUGCCGUGCUGGCUAUUCUGGACACGACAGACGUCUCGGUUAACGCUACGUCCAGGGAGGGAACCGCCUUGUAUUUUGCGUGCCGCGCGACGAGCGUCAAGUGCGUUGAGGCGCUGAUCAAACGAGGCGCGGAUGUGUCCAUGAUGUCUACAUUCAAGCCAAGGAGGUGGAGGGUUGGAGGUACCUGUAGCAGGGAAAGGGAAACAGCACCGUUACACUGCCUGGUUACGUCUUGGACGGACAAGAACGACAAGGACUGCCGGGCCAUUCUGAGGCUACUGCUGGAUGCUGGGGCAGACCUAGAGCAAGUGAGCGGUUCCGGAAACACACCGUUGCUCAUCGCUGCUGGAAGUAGUGAAACCAAUUACAGGUCAAACGUUCGCAACUCCGCUCUCAAGGCUCUGUUGGAAGUAGGAGCGGAUGUCACCGGGGCAUCCAAGGAAUCGCGCGGGGGUUCAAUCCUACAUCUUGUUUUGGACAGGUGUCGAGACCCCAGCCUUGUGCGGCUCCUGAUCGAGCACGGCAUUGACCCGAACACGAAGGAUAGCUCGGGAAAAUCAAUCCUCCAGUCCUGUGUUUACCAGCCUGGCAUGGUAACCGGGGUCGAAAAUACCCUGACCAUCGUCAAGUAUAUGCUUGAUCAAGGAGCUGAUCCCAAUAUGUCCGAUAAGCAUGGGAAUAGUGCACUCAAAGAAGCAAUGUCAUGUGCAGAACCGGAAGUUUUCACGUUGCUGCUCUCGAAAUGCAGUGAUGACCUUAUCAAAAGGAAAUGCUGGUUCCACUUGCCUUCUAUGUACAAAAGUGAACGGUUUACCUACUUGAUGAAGCUGCUGCUGGCGGAUGGCAUUGAUAUCAACAUUGAGUCAAAGGACGGCCGGACCCUCUAUCUCCAAUGUCUAAGCGAUGAGGAAAGAUUACAGUCUAUCCGAGAACACGGGGCCAGGACUGAUGUGGUUGACAGCUAUGGGAACAACGCUUUGCACAUCCUGGCUAAAAGCGGCAGCAUCCAACAAGAGCAGAUGGAGAGGAGGAUUGCUGACGGAGUCGAUCCCCUGAGCACAAACAAGAACGGGUACACGCUGCUGCAUCAUAUCGUGCCCAACUACAACACUGCAGAGGAAUGGGCCACCUAUAUGAGGUGGCUAAUUGGUCUUGGAAUAAGCGUCAACGCGGUCGACACAUCUGGACGCACCAUCCUUCACCAUUACUUGACGCGGUGUUCCGGUGGAGGAACAGUCUACGAAAAGAACCGCUGCCACUUUAUCGAUGCCAUAAAUUUUGAAAAUACGGUCAACUUUGAAGUCAGGGACCAGGAUGGCUUUGCCCCGAUCCAUAUUGCGGCCACGAAAACAGAAAUCGAAUUAGCCAAGCUUGUGAGCAACGGUGCAGACCCAACGUUUCUGACGCAGGGCGGGCAAAACAUCCUACAUCUUGCAAGCUGUGCGCGGAUGCCCGGCAUUGUCGGUCAGAUCCUCGACCAGUUUGGCACCGACGGCCUGGAGCAAGAGGAUAGUCUCGGCAGAACCCCGCUGCACUACGCUUGCAGCUCAGGAGAAGCCGAGUCUGUAGCCUUUCUCCUCCAGCAUGGUGCCAAUGUGAACGCCACUGACACAGACGGUCGGACGCCUUUACAUACUUGUGCUAAUUUCAAAGAGGAGCGAGCCAUCUGGGACGCUGGUGGCCGAGGCUAUGAGACUUUGUUGGCUCCUCGGGAAGACCGGUUCCGCCCUGGCUCACGGCAAAAAGAUUCUCGCGAGAUCUGGUAUAAGAAUAGCUAUGGAGGCCCAAUAACGCAAAGAAUACGACGGACCUACUUUCCUGGCGUUGCAAGUAUUACGCACAUGCUUCUGGAUGCCGGCUCGGACGUUGCUGCUGUAAGAGAUGGAUGUGACUGCACGGCCCUGGAUGAGGCCCUCGACUUGGGCUGCUGGGAAUUCGUUGAGCCUUUCUUCUCGGAUGAGGACUUGUUCAUGAGAGCGACCAGGGGCCUUGAAGACGAUUCGUCAUAUUCUAAAUGUGUGUCGGAGAUUCGACAACGCAUGAGAGCUCAGAUGGCCUUGAUGAAGCCAAGAUCUUGUCUGGGCGGAAAUACGCAGUUCAUGUCUGAGGUAAUACUGCACCCGGAGUUGUACUUGCGCCUGCUUCCACGCGAUGAUAUUGCCCAUAUUGUCAAUGAGGCCUUUGAAGCAGAUACCACUGCCACAUCGAAUUACGAUACCCUCGAGGACCUCAUCCAGCUCGGUGACGUUCGAGUUUUGGAAGCAGUCUCUCGGUUGGUGGUUCAUUACAGCUCGUAUGAUACAGUCAGAGACAGCUUCGAGAAGGGCAAGCGAGAAUCUAAAUACAAAUACUCCAAGGCCGAAUUGACCGCGCUUCAGAUGGCAUGCGAGGAGCCGAAGCCUAAUAUGCUGACCGUGAGAUUUCUCGUGGAGAAGCUGCAUGUGGAUGUCAAUGCGGCGAAGGCUGUUCUUGAAGACAGCUACAGGAGAGACGCCAAGAUACAGCCUGGAGGCACUGCUCUCCACAUGCUUGCCUCGGCGAAUCAGUGGUGGAAGGUGGAGGCGAUGAGAUACCUCCUUGCCAACGGUGCGGAUGCCAACGCGGUCGACGAGAACGGCCAGAGCCCUCUUCACAUAGCCGCACGCGGGAUGCAGUACGGUGAUCGAGAUAUCUCGGGCUUUUGGAAACUGGACGCUGUGCGUAUCCUCCUCGAUCACGGGGCCAACCCUGAUGCUCUUGAUAAACAGGGCGAAACUGCCCUUCACCGCGCGUCUUCUGCGCCCGAUGUCAUGGCAGAGCUCCUCCGAAGGGGCGCCGAUGCCACGCUGGGUGCGAGAAGCCCCUUGUUCCAGGCUAUCCAUGAUCAGAACUUGGUCGCGUUCGACACACUCCUAGAUCAUGGUGUAAGCGUUGAUACGCUCGAUACCAGCCGUCAAAGUGACGAUAUACACCACUCCCUCUCCGAGCCCAGAGCAGUGUACGCUGUCUUGGCUACAGCCUUCGCGGAGGAGCUGAACAGCCACAUUCCUGAAUCUGUUCCCUUGCUCCGCUCCCUGGUAAGGCGAGGGGCCAGUCUCUAUCUUCCUCUCAACGACCAAGAAACCCUGAUCCACUUUUUAUUCGAGUUUCCCGAAUAUGAAGUCUCGGACACGCUCCUCCAAGACCCAUGCGUGGCCCGGAUCGACUUCAACCGCCGCGAUCAGCGUGGCAGGACCAUUUUGAUGGCAUCUUGCGCGUGUGGUCACGUCCUACCCGGGUAUUUCUACAAGCACUGGACUCCCAAAGCCACAGGUCCUCCCCUUCGGAUCUUGGACCUCAAGGCGGACGCGACUUUGGUAGAUGACGAGGGCAAGACUGCUCUUCAUCAUCUACUUGACAACCCGGGGAUGCCGGAUGACGUGCUCGUCGAGUUUAUACAACGUAAGGAGGUGGCUCCUACGCUCUUGCAAAAGGAUAAGGCAGGGUUCAGCCCCUUCCAUUACGCGCUCCGGAUCUUACGUCCCGACAUCUGUGAGCUCCUGUUGUCUCUGGGGGCGGAUCUACUGGAGGCUGAUCCAAACGGCCUCACGGCUCUGCAUUACAUUGCCACGCAAUGGUUCAUGACAUCUCGUUCGCCAGGCAACUCCAGUGUGCUCAAUAUAGAUCUGCCGCAGGAGUACUUUGGCAAGUGCCUGGCAUUGUGGGAGAGGUUCCUGGCUGAGGGUGGUUCCAUUAACUGUGUGGAUUGUUCUGGCAAUACCCCGAUGCACCUGUUUAUGCUUUCAGGGAUGAGACACAACGGCCAAUACAAGGAAGAGGAAAAGGUCGCGUGCUGCCACGUCGCGUUUUACGAGAAACUCUUCCCCGCCGACGGCGGGGCAGACAUGUUUGCCGUCAACUAUGAUGGGGAGUCGAUGCUUCACGUGGUCAGCAGAAGUGCCAGUUCAACUCGUACUCAUGAUAAGCGGCUCUUUGAGGCAUUGGUGCAGAAGGGUCUUGAUCCAUUGAGGGAAGAUGCUCGAGGGAGAAGCUCGCUGGAUGUUGCCAGUGCUUGUCAGAAGGGUGAAAUUGUUGAGCUUUUAGGUAGAAAGUAA